ACGCACCGGAAAAGAUUCCCCAUAGGUGCGGAAACAAAGAUGGCGGAGGAGGAGAACCAGUUAGAAGACUUUGAGCAGAUAGACUUUUUGAAGGACCGACAUGUCCGGUUCUUCCAGAGGACCCUGCAGGUGUUGCCUGAGCGGUACGCCUCGCUGGAAACCACCCGGUUAACUAUCAUGUUUUUUGCUCUGUCUGGUCUGGAUGUGCUGGAUGCCCUGGAUGUGGUUGACAGGAACCUGAUGAUUGAGUGGAUCUACUCACAACAAGUCUUACCCACACAGGACAAAUCCAACCUGAGCCGUUGUGGGUUUCGAGGAUCAUCGCAUCUUGGAAUUCCUUACAGUACUAAGGGCCCAGGCGUGCUGCAUCCGUACGACAGCGGCCACGUGGCCAUGACCUACACGGGCCUGUGCUCGCUCCUGAUCCUUGGAGAUGACCUGAGCCGGGUCAACAAAGAGGCCGUUCUGGCCGGUCUCAAAGUGCUGCAGCUCCACGACGGCAGUUUCUAUGCCGUCCCAGAGGGAAGUGAGAACGACAUCCGGUUUAUCUACUGCGCCGCUAGUAUCUGUUACAUGCUGGAUGACUGGUCGGGCAUGGACAUCCAGAGAGCCAUCGACUACAUCCGGGGAAGUCUGUCGUACGACAAUGCAUUUGGCCAAGGAGCCGGGAGAGAGUCUCACGGUGGCUGGACUUUCUGUGCCAUAGCCUCGCUGUGCCUGAUGGGUCGGCUAGAGGAGGCUCUGACCCAACGGGAGCUGAACCGCAUCCGCCGCUGGUGCAUCAUGAGGCAGCAGAGCGGUUUCCACGGACGUCCCAACAAACCCGUGGAUACGUGCUACUCCUUCUGGGUGGGAGCCACACUGGAGCUCCUGGAGGUGUUCCAGUACACAAACUUCGAGAAGAACAGGAGCUUCAUUCUGUCCACGCAGGAUCGUUUGGUGGGCGGCUUCGCCAAGUGGCCCGACAGCCACCCAGACCCUCUCCAUGCCUACUUGGGGCUGUGCGGCCUGUCUCUGAUCGGGGAGCCUGAUCUGAGGAAGGUCCACCCAGCUCUUAACAUCACCCAGAGAGCCUUUCAGCACCUCCAGCAGCUGCAGCGGACGUGGAGGGACGACGACGCCGCCGGCGGCAGCAGCAGCUGCGGCGGGCAGCUCUGAAAGGAACGGGACGACUCCCGCCACUGACUCUGAAACGGACACCGGUCUGCGGCGGCUGCUGGGGCGUUCUGCCGCGCCUUUAGAGAUACGGUCGGCUGCUCCUCCGCAAGUUUGAGCCGGUCGGAAAUGCGAAGAUGAAACGCUGAGGACCUCUUUUUAAAGUCCAUCUAAAGCUACUACACCUGUCGAGCAAUACAUGCCACGCCUCUUUGCUGCCUUUUUAUUUUUAUUUUAAAAAAUACGAGUAGUUGUCAAUAAAGUAAUGCGGUGCGGUUUGUGAAAAAUUAACGAUGUGAUGAUGUGCCAGAAAGUUUAAUUCACCGGAGACUUGAACAGACAUGCGAUGCCUCCAUCUUUAGUUUAUGGCCUUUUAAAAAGAACUUUUAAAAAGAUGCAGUGCUUUUCUUGCUUUUCUUCCUGCUUUGCUGACCCGCCUGAACGUUUCUGUACGCUUGUAACAUUUUUGACCCGACGGACACAGACAGCAUGGGGGAACUGGAGUCCUCCCAUGAUGCAUCAGGUCUUAGUGGGUCAAGACCUCUAGCUCCUCCGUUUGAAAGCUGAGACCAUCUCCGCAGGUUCAGUCCCUUCAGCUUCUCAUCGCAGCGUUCUCAUUUAUUAAAAUGAGACUAGAUCUACCUCACUAGACGGAUCGGCUGCUGAUUAUUUAGACUUGUUUAAAGAAAGGCUUUAGAAGAGGUUGACUUUAAAGCCUCUUUAUUGGUGUUGUGUCUGACAGAGCAGUAUUAAGUGGCCCAUAGUUCUUCACUAGAAGGGAAACUGUGAGAGGUUUUCAGUAUUUUAUUUUUGAAAUAAAAAUCCAAAACGUUGGGUGUACGUUUGUAUUCGGCGCCUCCUGAGUCAGUACAUCACCGCUAUUCACCGCUGCAGCUCUUGUGUGGUACGUCUCCAGCAGCGUUGCACACCCAAAACCUUUUUUUUUUUUUUUUUUUAACUAUCCGUCUUUGGAAAUUUUCUUGAAUUUUUCAACUCUGAGAGCAGGUUCCCUGUUGGAUCUUGGUCCAGACUUUGACUGGGCCAUUCUGCUGUAUCAAGAAAUUUUGGUCUAACACGUUUAACUGCGCCUCCAGAUGUACGCUUCAUCCUAGAAAGUGGAAACCUCUGCCCCGGUCUGAGUUUUGCAGCCACUAAUAGUUUUUUUUUUUUUCAUCCAUGAUUGCUCUGCUUUUAGCUCCAUCCAUCUUCCCAUCAACCCCAACUAGCUUCUGCAUCCCUGAUGAAGAUGAGGCUUCCCACACAAUGAUGACUUUUUGAAUUGAGAAAACUUCCUGGAGAGGAAGCGAAACGUCUUCAACUACGGAAAACAAGUCCAGUUGCUUUGUUUUUUUUUAACUUUUUUUGGGAAACACACAAUGAUGCUACCGCCACCGUGUUUCAAGGUGGGGAAGCUGUAUUUCGGGACGACGUGCUUUGUUGGUUUUCCACCACAGUAGAACUUAAAUUUUUACGUUUUCUUCCAUGUUUCCCCUGUCGCCUUCAUGGCUUGUGGCAAAAUCCAAACCUGACUUCGUCCGCCUUGCUUCUCUAAGAGCCACGUAUGAGGCGUGCUCAGCGAACACCUAUCAUCUCAACAGAUCCCCCCCUCCCUGAGCAGUGGAUCUCUGCAGCUCCUCCAGAGUAACAAUGGACCUCUUGGUUGCUUCUCUGAUUAAUGCUGGCCUGUCUGUUUAGGUUGACUCCCUUUUUAAAUCGGCUUACUUGUGAAGGCAAUCGGUAGCACUGUGUUUUAUUGACCGGUCUCAUAGUUCCGAUUUUUCUUUGCAAAACCAGUUUGAGAACGAUGUAAUUUAUCUUCCACUUCACUAAAGUUUGUAGUCACACUGCAACAAAAAAAGGAGUGAUAUUGCUGUAAAUCUGCCCCCUUGAAGACGUGAAAAGCAUGAAACCCCUUCCCGUGAAUAGCAGGUUAAGCGCGCUCCCAGUGACUCCUUCACCUGCUUCCUCAAUCCCCGCGAGGUCGGAACCAGCUGGAAAUCGAUAGAAAGGUUAGACAAUGGCAUCAUAACCAGAGGAAACGUGUUCCUUUGAACUGCGCUGUUUAUUCCCAGUCCAGAGAGGAUGCCGGAUAAAAUGAACAAUGACUAUGACUGUACCUCCUCAUGUCAGGAAGCAGAAAACUGUUUUUCAUUCUUUAUCCAACACGAUCCAGUCUUAACAUUUGAUCACCAUCAGGACUCACCUCAUUUACAUCUGUCUGCAUGAAUGUCUGCAGACCUUUCUUUUUUUUAGUUUAGUCAAACCUCUGUGCAGGUGACGUGCGUUUGAGCUCAGCUCCCAAAACUGAAACCAUAACCUGGCCUUUUCCACAUCUUGCCUGUGCAUCAGUUGUUCAUCUUGCAACAAGAGAAACAUUUCCAGCUUACAAAUGUCGCUGCCUGAUGUGAAACCUUUUAUUUUUUUAUUUUUUAUUUUUAAUGAGGCCACAGUCUGAGCCUAACACCUGCUCCCCGGGUCGACACGUGAGGAGGAGAUGCCUUCAAAGCGUGUCGGCGACCCAGCUGCCCGUCUGCUGCCAGGACGCGGCGGUACGCCUGUGACUGCACAUGGAGGUCAUAUAAAAGCUAGCUUUGCUUCGAAGCUGUCGGGGGAGAGGAGAAAAGUGGGAGAUGAUGCGAGGAGAAGUCAAUGAAUAAAUAAUGCAAGCCAUCUAUUAUUAAAAGUAAGCUGUCGGAGGCUGGGUUCGGCUCUUUGAAUCCGGACCAAAUACUCGGCUUUGGUGUGAAAACAAUAGUUUUUCUAACUGUUGUCUUAUCAUUUUAUUUUGUUGCGCAUCGAUCCUAAAACAAUUUCUCAAAUACUGUAACCGUUUUCUUGAUAUAUAUACGAUUUAUAGAAGUUGAGUUUGUGUUACCAGAAAACAGUUUUCACUUUUUUUUUUUUUUUCUUUGUACACGUCGCAGAUGCUGGACUGAGUCUCGGACUGAAAAAUGCGUGUUUUUAUAUUGUAAAGUGAUCUUGAAUAUUUCUUUCUGUACCUUUUUUGUGCUAUAAAUCUGUUCUCUUUAGUCAAACAUCCACAGGAAGCCGACUGAUGCACUGUAAGCAAUCAGCCUUCCUCUGGCUUCCCUACCAACAUAGUUCAGUUCUGCUUUUAUUUGUCUGUGUACAUAGAUGAAGCCACUUUGUCCUGCUCGCCUCUUUGCCGUGCCUAAUGGAUGGUUUUCAGUCGCCGCUCUCCGAAUGCUUUGCUUUCUUUUGUUUCUCUUCUUGCCUAAUUGAGGUCUUGCUUGGAUCCCUCUGAUUAAGAAAAAAGGCAGUCCAUUUCAAGUUAACCUUAAAACGAAGAGCAAAGUUUAACCUGGAGUCAGAUUCAGAUCUGCAGAAAGAUCUAUUUUGUUUACAUCUAUCAUGUCUAGAUCAGCUAUAAGUUGGAUUGUUUCCAGUUACCAGUGCUGAUGAAUUCUUAUUUUAGCUCAUAUUACGCUGCAGACGAGGCCCUCGGUUCAACAGCAGUCCAAAGGUGCUUCGUGCUUCGGAAAGCAGUAAAUAUUGAGCGAAGAGACGCAGCCAAAACGCCACAUGCCGUUUCCCACGAAGCACUGCUAUACAUAUUGUAAUGAUAAAUCAUGUAAACAAAAAAAAAAAAAUAAUGUAAUGGAGUUUAUUUUUUCUAUGCUUGGUAGAAAUGUCGGUGUAGAUAGAUGUAAAUGUCUAUAAAUAUGUGACUUGUGCUGGGGCAACCGAGCUGAAGGUUUUUUUUUGCAUCGGACGAACUGGACCUGCAGGUGCUGGUAUGUGUAUUCUUAUAGUGCAGCUUAUGAGUUUGGGCACACACUGAUCCUCGCUUGGCACGAAAGUUGUAUUUAUGAUAAAUAAAAGGUGUACUAACUUCAA